AUGGGAAAUCCCAGCGUAGUGAUACUGUUUCUGUUUAUAACAUCGUGGUUAUUUCUGACUUCAGCGUGCCCGCACAUGAAGAACAGUUUUAAUAUGUCACAGUCGAAUACAGACACCAGAGUCAUCCUCAACAUUAUGGGAUUUUUCGCCAUGACAGGAAUUUACCCAGCGGGGAUGUCAUACCUGCCUGCCAGCCUGCUGGCUAUCAAACAUAUCAACAACAAGAUGGACAUUCUACCUGGCUACAAGCUCAAGCUGAAUGCGCAUGACACUAUGUGUGACGAGUCUCAAGGCCUGGAAGCCUUCUACAAAGAAGUCUACAACCCAAACAGAACCUCCAUCAUGACACUGGGCGCCACCUGUUCUCACGUGACCGAAGCAACAGCCCAGGUGUCCACUCUGUGGAAUAUCACCCAGAUCUCCUACUCCUCCAUCUCCCCACACCUUUCCAACAGGGAUAUCUUCAAAACAUUCUUCAGGGUCAUGACCCCGGAACAAAACCUAACAGUCGGCAGGAUCAAAAUCAUGCAGGAAUUCUCCUGGAAGAAAGUUCACAUUGUCUACGAGAAUUUCAAGCUGUUUUCUACCUUGGAUGAGUACAUGAAACAAGACCUGGACAGGAACCAGAUUGACGUCAUCAGUAAUGAGAUGUUUACUACUCUCAAACCCCGAGAUACCGUUCUUGCCCUCAAAAAGAACGACGCUAGGAUCAUUAUCCUUAACAUGUACGAGGCCCAGGCCAGGCAGAUCAUAUGUGCCAUGUACAACCUGGAAGGCAGUCAAACCUGGUACAAGAAACUGGUCUGGUUCCUGCCCUACUUUUACGAUCGCAGCUGGAUCUACUCUCAGAGCAGUCAGGACAACUGUUCCACAGAGCAGAUCCUGGAGGUACUCGGCAACUACUUCUCCGUGGGCUCGCCUUCAUACCUGAAAGAUGAGAAUUAUCGCACGAUCCUCAACAUGUCUGCUUCAGAGUUCUAUCAGACAUACAUGAACGGAAAUCUUUACAGCAACAUAUUAGGGGACAUCCCCGAACAGUUUAGCAGCCUCUACAGUCAGGGAGCAAAGACAAAUCUCUUCUGUAUACAGAGGGCACCGGAAGCCUACGACGCCAUGUGGGUUAUCGCUCUUGCCCUCAACAACACGCUGACAGCCAUGAUCCAAAACAAGAGCAGUGUAUGCCUGGAAGAUUUCCGAUACCGAAACGAGACGUUCUGGAAAUUUCUGGAAGCAGGAAUGAUGAAAGUGUCGUUCAACGCAAGCACAGGUCCGUUCUCCUUCAACGCGAACAAGGAAAGGAUCACCGACAUUGAGAUCUGGCAGUACGUCAACAACAAUUCCACAAGUCAUGAUGGGAGUCUGGUGGUGGUGGGCAAGUGCCAGUUUCUGGAGGCCUCAUCCUGGGACUGUCGAGUCUUCAAAGACAAAGUUUACUGGGCCAGCGGAAAAGUCCCCGUGGACGGGGUUCAGACACAGAUCCGAACCCUGCAGGUUGACCCGAGGAUCGUGUCCACAGUGUGUGGGAUUGCAAGUCUGGGCAUCGUUUUGUCCCUGGGUCUGCUCGUCUUCAACACCGUUCACAGAGACCACAGGGUAAUCAAGAUGUCGUCUCCACGUCUGAACAACGUCAUUCUUGUGGGCUGUAUCCUUGGUUACAGUAACAUCCUGGUGCUAGAUAUCCAAGGGGAGGACACUGGGAUUGUGUGUGUUGUUCGGACGUUUACGCUUGUGUUGAGUUUCUCGCUGACAUUCGGCGCCUUGUUCGCCAAGACAUGGCGAGUCUAUGAGAUCUUCGCUGCCGGAGCCAAAGUGCUAAACACCAGGAUGCUACGAGACAGCAGCCUGUUCCUGAUUGUGACCAUCCUCAUACUAGUCAACUGCCUGACGCUGGUCGGGUGGGUGGUCGCCUCGCCCCAGAAACCAUCACUUGUUGUUAUCAGCAUGACACCGGCAACGGAAAAUAACGAUGUAAACUACACCAACGUGUUCCAAAGAUGUGACUCCACUUACCGACGCCAGUUCACAUGGGCCUUGGUGGCAAUACAAGGUGGAGUCAUUCUUCUUGGUACUUACCUGGCCAUUCAAACUAGAAAGGUGACCUUCCCUGACCUGAACGACUCCAAGUGGAUCGCUCUGUGCAUUUACAACGUCGUUGUGCUAGGUCCGAUCGGCAUCGUGGUUGUCAUGGUAACUGAGGACAAACCGGAAAUCAACUAUGUUCUCGAGGCUGGAAUGUUGAUUUUGGUUACAACUAUGACCCAGUGCCUCAUUUUUGUUCCAAAGAUGAUCGCCUACAAAAAACACAACCGCAAACACACCCAAAGCUUGGACAUCACCUUUAAACUUCGCAACAUGGACGAAAUUCUCGGCAUUUUCACGCUGGAGCCCAACAACUUGGACCGGGACACCACAGGUGCCUCAAAACCCAAGGAAACUUCUGGAAGUUGCGAGGUCUCUCAACAAACCGACUUUUCCGGUAUAGCUUGCAACGAUACCUGCCCGUGCGCAUUGAAAGACACAGAAAUAAAUCCACAAGAAAAUUCUACUUGUCAAAAAGCCACCAAUGUUGAAAAUGGAAAGGAAACAAAUGAAAGAACACACAUGUCUGUGUUGUUUCAAAGGAUCAACAGUAAACACAAUACAAAUCUAAAACCAUCUGGUUUAAACAAUGGAAAAUUACAGGCUUGUGAUUAUAGCCUUGACAGUGUGAACAUUCAAAGGUCGAGGUCAGAUUCCAGCCUCGAUGUGGAUUCAGCUUCUGGUAUAGUUCCGCAAGGGGAUGAACCUAAACCUCCCGAUGUUGAGAGUUCUAUGGGCAAUGACGACGACAAGGUAGCCGUUUUCUGGGGAAAUCUGACUCUUCAGGAGAGCAACAGCUUCUCCAGCAAACACGAAGACUCUCAGAGGCUUGUUCUAGAUACGAUCAAAGUGAAGGCAGAACUCAAGGUGUCGUCCAAACUUGGACUUCAGGCUAGCUGGAGGGAGUGGCCGGGACAUUUGAACAACGCCCAGCAGAUCUGCGAACUGUUGAGUAGGCUCAAACAGGUAGUGGAAGCUGGGCAGGGUGAGAUGAAGACAUAG